AAUCGACGCUCCGUGAAAAAAUUUUGCAAACAAAGAAAACUGAUACUAAAUUCAUUUCAAAUACACAAAAACAUCAUAAAUAUAGUGAAAGUAUAAGUGUUUCCUUAUGGGUGAUUCUUUGGAAAAUCCCGACACUUCGGUGGAGGCAGUACAAAAUGUUACCAUAGUGGAUUAUGGAGCUUUCGCUAAUUACAUACGCAAAGCUGUUACCAUUCUUUUGCCGGAGGAAGAUGUUGUUCCACCGGCAUUGAAUUUAGCCCUGGAGGAUCUGGAUAAUCAGGAAAGGAUUAAAAAAUUCUUGUCGGAUCCCCAAGUGCAAGCUUUGUACAUACAAAGAAAUUGCUUAAAAGAAGACGAAAAUGAACAACCCGCUGAAGGCGAGGAAGAAAAAGAGUUCGUCAACUAUCAAAUCAGCAACGAUGUUCAUUUCACCAACAGCCGUAUGGCAUCGUUGGCCUGCAUCAAACGUGGUGCUGUCAUAGAAGCUGACAAGUCCAUACAUUCCCAAUUGCGACUUAUUAACUUUUCGGAUGGUUCGCCUUAUGAGACUUUGCAUGCUUUCAUUAGCAAAUCAUUGGCACCCUAUUUCAAAUCGUAUGUCAAAGAAUCCGGAAGAGCCGAUCGUGAUGGCGAUAAGAUGGCUCCUUCCGUUGAGAAGAAAUUGGCUGAACUUGAAAUGGGUCUUUUGCAUUUGCAACAAAACAUUGACAUACCCGAAAUAACUUUAACUGCCCAUGCCAUGGUAAAUUCAGUUAUACGCAAGUGUUCCGAUGAGAAUCGUAAAGCUAAAGUGGGAGACUUUGGCGAUAAAGUAGAAGACUCAUCGUUUUUGAAUCAACUGCAGAAUGGUGUAAAUCGUUGGAUUAAGGAAAUCAAAAAGGUUACCAAAUUGGAUCGUGAUCCUUCUUCGGGUACUGCUCUGCAGGAAAUUUCCUUUUGGUUGAAUUUGGAAAGGGCUCUUUAUCGCAUCCAGGAGAAACGUGAGAGUCCUGAGGUAGCUUUGACCUUGGAUAUUUUGAAGCAUGGCAAGCGUUUCCAUGCCACCGUGUCGUUUGAUACUGACACCGGCCUUAAGCAGGCUCUGGCCAUGGUGGCUGAUUAUAAUCCUUUAAUGAAAGAUUUCCCCAUUAAUGAUUUACUCUCAGCCACAGAAUUGGAGAAAAUUAGACCUGCUGUCCAGCAGAUUUUCUCUCACUUGCGUAAAGUUCGUAAUACCAAGUAUCCCAUACAACGUUGCCUUAAACUUAUUGAGGCUAUUUCCCGUGACUUGUCUCAACAAUUGUUGAAGGUUUUGGGUACUCGUCGCCUAAUGCAUAUUCCCUUCGAUGAAUUCGAACGUGUCAUGAAUCAAUGUUUCGAAAUCUUUAGCUGCUGGGAUGAUGAGUACGAUAAACUGCAAGGACUCUUGCGUGAUAUUGUUAAGAAGAAGCGUGAUGAGCAUUUGAAAAUGGUAUGGCGUGUUUCGCCAGCCCACAAGAAGUUGCAAACACGCAUGGAACAUAUGCGCAAAUUCCGCAGACAACAUGAACAAUUGCGCACUGUAAUCUUGCGUGUAUUGCGCCCAACUAAACAGCAACAACAAAUUGAAAAUGCCAUUGAGGCCAAACAACCUUAUAGCUUGGAAGCUGAUGAUGCCAAUGCAAUUGAAGAAGUCAAUUUGGCUUAUGAAAAUGUCAAAGAAGUAGAUUGCUUAGACAUUACGAAAGAGGGUUCAGAAGCUUGGGAAGCUGCUGUAAAGCGCUAUGAGGAACGUAUUGAUCGUGUGGAAACACGCAUCACUGCCCAUCUACGUGAUCAGCUAGGAACAGCUAAGAAUGCCAAUGAAAUGUUCCGUAUUUUCUCAAGAUUCAAUGCUCUGUUUGUGAGACCUCAUAUUCGGGGAGCUAUACGUGAAUAUCAAACUCAACUUAUACAGAGAGUCAAGGAUGAUAUUGAGGCUUUACAUGAAAAAUUCAAGGUCCAAUAUCCUCAAUCAAAAAGUUGUCGCUUAUCUACCGUACGCGAUUUGCCUCCGGUGGCCGGCUCCAUUAUAUGGGCUCGUCAAAUAAAUAACCAACUAACCAUGUACUUAAAACGUGUCGAAGAUGUUUUGGGCAAGGGCUGGGAAUCACACAUUGAGGGACAAAAACUUAAAGCCGAUGGUGAUAGCUUCCGUGCUAAACUCAAUAUCGAUGAAGUAUUCCAGGAAUGGGCUCGUAAAGUACAAGAACGUAACUUUGGCAGCACCGGUCGUAUAUUCACCAUUGAUUCGGCCCGUUCACGUUCGGGCAAAGGUAAUAUCUUAAAGUUGCGCGUUAACUUUUUGCCCGAAAUUAUAACAUUGUCCAAGGAAGUGAGAAAUAUUAAGAAUUUAAGUUUUAGAGUACCCUUGACAAUUGUUAACAAGGCCCAUCAGGCUAAUCAAAUUUAUCCUUAUGCCAUUUCCUUGAUCGAAAGUGUACGCACUUAUGAACGUACUUUGGAAAAGAUUGAAGAUCGUGCCAGUAUUGUGCCCUUGGUAGCUGGUUUGCGCAAGGAUGUUUUGAAUUUAGUUUCUGAGGGUAUUGGUUUGGUAUGGGAGUCUUAUAAAUUGGAUCCAUAUGUAUUACGUUUGUCGGAAUGCGUUACCCAGUUCCAAGAAAAGGUUGAAGAUCUUUUGGUGGUUGAGGAACAAUUGGAUGUUGAUGUACGCUCUUUGGAAACUUGUCCUUAUAGUGCUGCCACUUUUGUAGAGAUUUUGUCUAAAAUACAACAUGCUGUUGACGAUUUAUCUCUACGCCAAUACUCCAAUUUAAGUGUCUGGGUAACACGUCUCGAUGAAGAGGUGGAGAAAAAACUAGCUAUGCGUUUACAGGCCGGUAUACAAGCCUGGACUGAAGCCUUAACUGGCAAUAAAAAAGAAGUCGAUCUUUCUAUGGACACUGAUGCUCCAGUUCAGCCUACUCACAAGCUAGGCGGAGAGCCACAAAUCCAAAAUGCUGUUCACGAAAUACGCAUUACCAAUCAACAAAUGUAUUUGUAUCCUUCCAUAGAGGAGGCCAGAUUCCAAAUUAUGCAACAAUUGUUUGCCUGGCAAGCUAUUGUUACAUCCCAAGUGCGUUUGCAAAGCUCUCGUUAUCAAGUGGGUUUGGAUAAGCCUGUAUCGCAAACUUAUCGCAAUCUGUUGACAAAAUUGCCGGAAAAUAAAAUAUUGGAAAAUGCCUACGAUGCCAUUGAGAGUAAAAUUGGUGAGGUACGUAACUAUGUCGAUGAAUGGCUGCGUUAUCAAUCUUUGUGGGAUCUGCAAGCCGAUACUUUAUAUGGCCGUUUGGGCGAAGACGUCAACUUAUGGAUCAAAUGUUUGAACGAUAUUAAGAAAUCCAGAACUACAUUUGAUACAUCGGAUACCAGACGGGCUUACGGUCCCAUUGUUAUUGAUUAUGCCAAGGUACAAGCUAAAGUCACCUUGAAGUAUGACUCCUGGCAUAAGGAGGCCUUGGGCAAAUUCGGCACCCUAUUGGGUAAUGAAAUGUCGACAUUCCACACUAAGGUAUCCAAGUCUAGAACUGAUUUGGAAAUGCAAAGCAUUGAGGCUGCCAGCACUACAGACGCCGUCAGUUUCAUUACUUAUGUGCAAUCUCUCAAAAAGGAAAUGUUGGUCUGGGACAAACAGGUCGAGGUGUUCCGUGAGGCUCAGCGCAUUUUGGAACGUCAACGUUUCCAAUUCCCCAACAAUUGGUUGCAUGUCGACAACAUCGAAGGUGAAUGGUCGGCCUUCAAUGAAAUCAUUAAACGCAAAGACACUGCAAUACAAACUCAAGUGGCCAGCUUGCAAGCCAAAAUCGUGGCCGAAGACAAAGCAGUGGAAACUCGCACUAUUGAUUUCCUUAAAGAUUGGGAAGAUAAUAAACCAACUGGUGGCAAAAUACGCCCUGAUGAUGCUCUUCAACAAUUGCAAAUGUUCGAGAGUAAAUAUUCUCGUUUGAAGGAGGAACGCGACAAUGUGGCCAAGGCUAAGGAAGCUUUGGAAUUGCAAGAAUCUGCUGUGCCCAAUAAUAGCUCAGAACGCAUGAAUGUGGCUUUGGAAGAAUUACAAGAUUUGCGUGGCGUUUGGAGUGAGUUGUCCAAAGUUUGGACUCAAAUUGAUGAAACUCGUGAAAAACCUUGGUUAUCCGUACAACCACGUAAAUUGCGUCAACAGUUGGAGGCUUUAAUGUCCCAACUCAAAGAGUUGCCCGCUCGUUUACGUAUGUACGAGUCAUAUGAGUAUGUUAAGAAAUUAAUUCAAAGUUACAUCAAGGUUAACAUGUUGAUUGUUGAACUCAAAUCCGAUGCUCUCAAAGAACGUCACUGGAAACAAUUGACUAAAGAGUUGCGUGUUAACUGGGUCAUUUCCGAUCUAACUCUAGGUCAGGUUUGGGAUGUUAAUUUGCAAAAGAAUGAGAAUAUUGUAAAGGAUAUAAUGCGUGUUGCUCAGGGUGAAAUGGCCUUGGAGGAGUUCUUGAAACAAGUCAGAGAUACCUGGCAAAGUUAUGAAUUGGAUUUGAUUAAUUAUCAAAAUAAAUGUCGCAUUAUACGUGGCUGGGAUGAUUUGUUCAAUAAGGUGAAGGAACACAUUAACUCGGUGGCUGCCAUGAAAUUGUCACCUUUCUACAAGGUCUUCGAAGAGGAAACAAUCACCUGGGAAGAGAAAUUGAAUCGCAUUAAUGCUCUCUUUGAUGUUUGGAUUGAUGUACAACGUAGAUGGGUUUAUUUGGAGGGCAUAUUCUCGGGCAGUGCUGACAUUAAGUCUUUAUUGCCUCAGGAAACUUCUAGAUUCCAUAGUAUUAGCUCAGAAUUUUUGGGUCUCAUGAAGAAGGUGGCCAAGUCCCCUAAAGUAAUGGACGUUUUGAAUAUACCGGCUGUACAGAGAUCUCUCGAACGUUUAGCUGAUCUUUUGGGUAAAAUUCAAAAGGCUUUGGGUGAAUAUUUGGAACGUGAACGUACUUCCUUCCCACGUUUCUACUUUGUGGGCGAUGAAGAUCUUUUGGAGAUUAUUGGCAACAGUAAAAAUAUUGCCCGUUUACAAAAGCAUUUCAAGAAAAUGUUUGCCGGCAUUACUGCCAUUCUGCUGAAUGAAGACAAUACAGUUAUUUUGGGUAUUUCAUCACGCGAGGGAGAAGAAGUUAAAUUCAUGAAUCCCGUCUCCACUGUGGAGCACCCUAAAAUCAAUGAAUGGCUGUCAAUGGUGGAGAAACAAAUGCGUUUCACUUUGGCUUCUUUGUUGGCUCAAGCUGUCCAGGAUAUCAAGCAAUUCCGUGAAGGACAAAUUGAACCCCAAAAAUAUAUGGAAUGGUGUGACAAAUAUCAAGCUCAAAUCGUGGUUUUAGCCGCUCAGAUUCUCUGGUCCGAAGAUGUAGAAGCUGGUUUACAACAGGCCUCUGAGGCCAAUAGCACCAAACCAUUGCAACGUGUUUUAGGCACUGUGGAAUCCACACUCAAUGUAUUGGCUGAUUCGGUAUUGCAAGAACAACCAGCUUUGCGCAGAAAGAAAUUAGAACAUUUGAUCAAUGAAUUUGUACACAAACGUACGGUAACUAGACGUUUGAUUACCAAUGGCGUCACCAGCCCCAAAUCCUUCCAAUGGUUAUGUGAAAUGAGAUUCUAUUUUGAUCCCCGACAAACCGAGGUUUUACAACAACUUACCAUUCACAUGGCUAAUGCUCGCUUCUUCUAUGGCUUUGAGUAUUUGGGCGUACAGGAUCGUUUGGUCCAAACUCCUUUAACCGAUCGUUGCUAUUUGACAAUGACUCAAGCCUUGGAAUCACGUUUGGGUGGUUCGCCGUUCGGUCCCGCUGGUACGGGUAAAACAGAAUCCGUUAAAGCUUUGGGCAAUCAAUUGGGUCGCUUUGUGUUGGUCUUCAAUUGUGACGAAACAUUUGAUUUCCAAGCAAUGGGUCGUAUCUUCGUGGGUCUUUGUCAAGUAGGCGCUUGGGGUUGUUUCGAUGAAUUCAAUCGUUUGGAGGAACGAAUGCUUUCCGCCUGUUCCCAGCAAAUUCAAACUAUACAGGAGGCAUUGAAAUACGAAAUGGACUCAAAUAAGGAGAGCAUAACUGUGGAAUUGGUGGGCAAACAAGUGCGUGUCUCAACCGAUAUGGCUAUAUUCAUUACCAUGAAUCCUGGCUAUGCUGGCCGUUCCAAUUUGCCCGACAACUUGAAGAAACUCUUCCGUUCUUUGGCCAUGACCAAACCUGAUCGUCAACUUAUUGCUGAAGUUAUGUUGUUCUCGCAAGGUUUCCGUUCGGCCGAAAAGUUGGCCUGCAAGAUUGUGCCCUUCUUUAAGUUGUGUGACGAACAGUUGUCCAACCAAUCUCACUACGAUUUUGGUUUGCGUGCCUUGAAAUCAGUGCUCAUUUCAGCUGGUAAUGUCAAACGUGAUCGCAUUAUGAAAAUUAAGGAGACUCUAAGAGCUCGUGGCGAAGAAAACAUCGAUGAGGCCCAAGUAGCUGAAAAUCUACCGGAACAAGAAAUUCUCAUACAGUCUGUAUGUGAGACCAUGGUGCCCAAAUUGGUGGCUGAAGAUAUACCUCUAUUGUUCUCUCUCUUGAGUGAUGUCUUCCCCAACAUUGGUUACACCAGAGCUGAAAUGAAGGGCUUGAAAGAGGAAAUCCGUAAAGUCUGCCAAGAGGAUUAUUUGGUAUGUGGUGAAGGUGAUGAACAGGGAGCCGCUUGGAUGGAAAAAGUUUUACAACUUUAUCAAAUCUCCCGUCUCAAUCAUGGCCUUAUGAUGGUGGGUCCCUCCGGUUCGGGCAAAUCUACCGCCUGGCGUACUUUACUCAAGGCUCUUGAACGUUUCGAGGGCAUGGAGGGUGUGGCUCAUGUCAUUGAUCCCAAGGCCAUUUCGAAGGAAGCUUUAUAUGGUGUUUUGGAUCCAAAUACUCGUGAGUGGACUGACGGUUUGUUCACUCAUGUCUUGCGUAAAAUCAUCGAUAAUGUUCGCGGUGAAAUCAAUAAACGUCAAUGGAUCAUCUUCGAUGGUGAUGUCGAUCCUGAGUGGGUUGAAAAUUUGAAUUCUGUGUUGGAUGACAACAAGCUGUUAACCCUUCCCAAUGGUGAACGUUUGUCAUUACCUCCAAAUGUACGCAUUAUGUUUGAGGUACAGGACUUGAAAUACGCCACUUUGGCUACUGUAUCUCGUUGUGGUAUGGUUUGGUUCUCCGAAGAUGUUCUUUCGACCGAAAUGAUCUUUGAAAAUUACUUGUCACGUUUGCGUUCAAUACCCUUGGAGGAUAACGAUGACGAUUUUGUGGGCAUUGUUAAGCCGGUUAAGGAUAAGGAAGACGAAGUCUCGCCUUCAUUGCAGGUACAACGUGAUAUUGCGUUGUUGUUGCAACCCUUCUUCUCGGCCGAUGGCAUUGUGGUGCGCAGUUUGGAAUAUGCCAUGGAUCAAGAGCACAUUAUGGACUUUACACGUCUGCGGGCAUUGAGUUCUUUGUUCUCAAUGUUGAAUCAAGCUGCAAGAAAUGUCUUGAAUUACAACUCCACCCAUCCCGAUUUCCCUUGCUCGGCAGAUCAACUAGAACAUUAUAUACCCAAGGCCUUGGUUUACUCAGUACUUUGGUCGUUUGCUGGUGAUGCUAAACUUAAAGUACGCACUGAUUUGGGUGAUUUUGUACGUAGUGUUACAACCGUACCACUGCCAGGAUCAAGUGGUGUUCCAAUUAUAGAUUUUGAAGUCAGCAUGAAUGGUGAAUGGGUACCCUGGUCCAAUAAGGUUCCCGUUAUUGAGGUGGAAACUCAUAAAGUGGCUUCGCCCGAUAUUGUGGUACCUACAUUGGAUACCGUACGUCACGAAUCUUUGCUGUACACCUGGUUGGCUGAACAUAAACCUUUGGUUUUGUGCGGUCCACCUGGUUCUGGUAAAACUAUGACUUUGUUCUCCGCUCUGAGAGCUUUACCCGACAUGGAAGUCGUUGGUUUGAAUUUCUCCUCUGCCACUACACCUGAACUUCUACUCAAGACUUUCGAUCAUUACUGUGAAUAUCGCAAGACACCGAACGGUGUUGUCUUGUCGCCCGUACAAAUUGGCAAAUGGUUGGUUUUGUUCUGUGAUGAAAUCAAUUUACCCGAUAUGGAUUCGUAUGGCACACAACGUGUCAUUUCAUUCUUGCGUCAGUUGGUCGAACACAAAGGCUUCUAUAGGGCCAGUGACCAAGCUUGGGUCUCCUUGGAGCGCAUACAAUUUGUGGGAGCUUGUAAUCCACCCACUGAUCCGGGUCGUAAACCGCUAUCUCAUCGUUUCUUGAGACAUGUGCCAAUCAUUUAUGUCGAUUAUCCUGGAGAGACUUCAUUGAAGCAAAUUUAUGGCACAUUCUCACGUGCCAUGUUGCGCCUCAUGCCCACUCUACGCGGCUAUGCUGAGCCCUUAACCAAUGCUAUGGUGGAAUUCUAUUUGGCUUCACAAGAUCGCUUCACUCAAGAUAUGCAGCCGCAUUAUGUCUACUCACCUCGUGAAAUGACCCGUUGGGUACGUGGUAUAUGUGAAGCUAUACGCCCUCUCGAUUCUCUGCCUGUUGAAGGUUUGGUGCGCAUAUGGGCCCAUGAAGCUUUACGUCUAUUCCAAGAUCGUUUAGUAGAUGACACCGAACGUAGAUGGACCAAUGAAAAUAUUGAUGUUGUGGCCUUGAAACAUUUCCCUGGCAUUAAUUCCGAAGAGGCUUUGGCCCGUCCUAUAUUGUACAGUAACUGGCUGUCCAAGGAUUACAUGCCUGUCAAUCGCGAAGAAUUACGUGACUAUGUACGUGCUCGUCUCAAGGUGUUCUACGAGGAAGAAUUGGACGUACCUUUGGUACUUUUCGACGAGGUACUCGAACACGUUUUACGUAUAGAUCGUAUUUUCCGUCAGCCACAAGGUCACUUGCUGUUGAUUGGUGUUUCGGGUGCUGGUAAAACUACCCUCUCACGCUUUGUUGCUUGGAUGAAUGGUCUAUCGAUAUUCCAAAUUAAGGUACACAAUAAGUACACCGGUGAAGAUUUCGAUGAAGAUUUACGUUCCGUAUUGCGUCGUUCGGGUUGUAGAGAUGAGAAGAUUGCCUUCAUUUUGGACGAAUCGAAUGUAUUGGAUUCUGGCUUCUUGGAACGUAUGAAUACGUUGUUGGCAAACGGUGAAGUACCCGGUCUGUUUGAGGGUGAUGAAUAUACUACUCUGAUGACUCAGUGCAAGGAAGGAGCUCAACGUGAGGGUCUUAUGUUGGAUUCCAGUGAUGAAUUGUAUAAAUGGUUCACUCAACAAGUUAUGCGUAACUUGCACGUCGUCUUCACCAUGAAUCCUUCUACAGAUGGUCUUAAAGAUCGUGCUGCCACCUCGCCAGCCCUGUUCAAUCGUUGUGUACUCAAUUGGUUUGGUGACUGGUCCGAUUCGGCCCUCUUCCAAGUGGGCAAAGAAUUCACCACACGUGUUGAUUUGGAAAAACCAGCAUGGUCAGCACCCGAUUUCUUCCCAUCGGUCUGUCCCCUGGUGCCAACUCAGCCCACACAUCGCGAUGCCGUCAUCAACAGUUGUGUCUAUGUACAUCAGACUUUGCAUCAAGCCAAUGCCCGUUUGGCAAAACGUGGCGGUCGCACAAUGGCCGUUACACCACGUCACUAUCUCGAUUUCAUCCAUCACUUUGUCAAGCUGUACAAUGAAAAGCGCAGUGAUUUAGAAGAACAACAGUUGCACUUGAAUGUAGGUCUUAAUAAGAUUGCCGAAACUGUGGAACAAGUAGAGGAAAUGCAAAAAUCGUUGGCCGUUAAGAAACAAGAACUACAAGCCAAGAAUGAGGCUGCCAAUGCUAAACUGAAGCAAAUGUUCAAGGACCAACAAGAGGCCGAAAUCAAAAAGAUACAAUCGCAAGAAUUGCAAAAUAAACUGGCCGAACAGACUGUCAAGAUUGAUGAAAAACGUAAAUAUGUCAUGGCCGAUUUGGCUCAAGUGGAACCGGCUGUUAUUGAAGCACAACAAGCUGUAAAAUCGAUACGCAAACAACAACUUGUUGAAGUGAGAACAAUGGCAAAUCCACCUUCCGUGGUGAAAUUGGCACUUGAAUCGAUCUGUUUGUUACUGGGUGAAAAUGCCAACGAUUGGAAAUCGAUUCGUGCUGUUAUAAUGCGUGAAAAUUUUAUAAAUUCAAUUGUAUCUAACUUCAGUACUGAAAUAAUAACCGAUGAUGUCCGUGAAAAGAUGAAGUCGAAAUAUUUAAGCAAUCCUGAUUAUAACUUUGAAAAGGUUAAUCGUGCUUCGUUGGCUUGCGGUCCUAUGGUUAAAUGGGCUAUUGCACAGAUUGAAUAUGCUGACAUGUUGAAACGUGUUGAACCCCUGCGCGAUGAAUUACGCUCUCUGGAGGAUCAAGCUGAGGUUAAUAAGAAUAACGCUGACGAGACUAAAUCUUUAGUGGAACAAUUAGAGCAAAGUAUAUCCGCCUAUAAGGAGGAAUAUGCUCAAUUGAUUUCACAAGCUCAAGCAAUUAAAACCGAUUUGGAGAACGUACAGGCUAAGGUCGAUCGUUCGAUCGCCUUGCUCAAGAGUUUGAACAUUGAACGUGAACGUUGGGAGUGUACCAGUGAAACAUUCAAAUCACAAAUGUCCACCAUUAUUGGUGAUGUUCUAUUGUCGGCCGCUUUUAUAGCAUACGGUGGUUAUUUCGAUCAACAUUAUCGUACCAACUUAUUCACCACCUGGUCACAACAUUUACAAGCGGCCAAUAUACAAUAUAGAGGGGAUAUAGCUCGCACUGAAUACCUAUCGAAUCCCGAUGAGCGCUUGAGAUGGCAGGCCAAUGCUUUGCCCACUGAUGAUCUUUGCACAGAGAAUGCUAUAAUGUUGAAGAGAUUCAACAGAUAUCCAUUGAUCAUUGAUCCUUCUGGUCAGGCCACCACUUUCUUGUUAAAUGAAUACGCGGGCAAAAAGAUUACCAAAACUAGUUUCUUGGAUGAUUCGUUCCGUAAGAAUUUGGAGUCAGCCUUGCGUUUCGGUAAUCCUCUAUUGGUGCAAGAUGUUGAAAAUUACGAUCCCAUUUUGAAUCCGGUCUUGAAUCGUGAAUUGAGAAGAAGUGGCGGCAGAGUUUUGAUAACAUUGGGUGACCAAGACAUUGAUUUGUCACCUUCGUUUGUUAUCUUCUUGUCUACACGUGAUCCUACUGUCGAAUUUCCACCCGACAUUUGUUCUCGUGUAACAUUCGUCAACUUCACUGUGACCAGAAGCUCAUUGCAAUCUCAGUGUUUGAAUCAAGUACUGAAGGCCGAGAGACCUGAUAUCGAUGAGAAGAGAUCCGAUUUGUUGAAAUUACAAGGCGAGUUCCGUUUACGUUUGCGUCAAUUGGAAAAGAGUCUGUUGCAGGCUUUGAACGAUGCCAAGGGUAAAAUUUUGGACGAUGAUUCUGUUAUAGCCACUCUGGAGACCUUGAAGAAGGAGGCUUACGACAUCAACCAGAAGGUGGAUGAAACCGAUAAGGUUAUAGCCGAAAUAGAAACCGUAUCGCAACAAUAUUUGCCUCUAUCUGUGGCCUGCAGUAACAUCUACUUCACCAUGGACAGUUUGAAUCAAGUCCACUUCUUGUAUCAAUAUUCACUGAAAAUGUUCUUGGAUAUUUUCUCCACAGUGCUGUACAACAAUAGGAAAUUGGAUGGAAAAUCCGAUAACACCGAACGUUUGGGUAUUAUCACUCGUGAUCUAUUCCAAGUUUGCUACGACAGAGUUGCCCGUGGUAUGUUGCACAACGAUAGAUUGACAUUUGCCCUGUUAAUGUGCAAGAUUCACUUGAAGGGUACUUCGGAAAUGAAUCUAGAUCCAGAAUUUAACUUCUUCUUGAGAAGCCGAGAAGGACUGUUGGCCAAUCCUAUACCUGUGGAUGGGUUGAGUUACGAACAAGUGGAUGGAGUCAAUCGUUUGCAGACAAGAGUUCCCAUAUUCCGUAAAUUGAUAGAUAAAUUACGUUCAAUCCCCGAAUUGGGAGCUUGGUUGCAACAAAGUUCACCCGAACAGUGUGUGCCUCAGCUUUGGGAUGAGUCGAAGGCUCUGACUCCCAUUGCCACCUCGGUGCAUCAAUUGCUGUUGAUACAAGCUUUCAGACCAGAUCGUGUAAUUGCUGCUGCCCACAAUGUGGUUAAUGCUGUGUUGGGAGAAGACUUUAUGCAAACGGCUGAAGAUGAAUUGGACUUUGCUGCUGUAGUGGAUAAACAAUUGAAUGCCAAUACCCCGGCUUUGUUGUGUUCCGUACCCGGUUUUGAUGCUUCGGGUCGUGUGGAUGAUUUGGCGGCUGAAUUAAACAAACAAAUCUCCAGUAUUGCUAUUGGUUCGGCUGAAGGUUUCAAUCAAGCUGAAAGUGCUAUUAAUAUGGCUUGCAAGACUGGACGUUGGGUAUUGCUGAAGAACGUACACUUGGCUCCUCAAUGGUUGGUGCAACUCGAAAAGAAAUUGCACUCUCUACAACCUCAUUCUGGAUUCCGUCUCUUCUUAACCAUGGAAAUUAAUCCUAAAGUACCAGUUAACCUUUUGAGAGCUGGCAGAAUCUUUGUCUUUGAACCACCACCAGGCAUCAGAGCCAAUUUGUUGAGAACCUUCAACACCGUGCCACCAGGCCGCAUGAUGAAGACACCUAGUGAAAGAGCAAGAUUAUACUUCUUGUUGGCUUGGUUCCAUGCCAUCGUUCAAGAACGUUUGCGCUAUGUUCCUCUAGGUUGGGCCAAGAAAUACGAAUUCAAUGAAAGUGAUUUGAGAGUGGCCUGUGACACGCUCGACACUUGGAUUGAUACCACUGCCAUGGGCAGAACUAAUUUGCCACCCGAAAAGGUACCAUGGGAUGCUUUAGUUACCCUGCUAUCGCAAUCGAUCUAUGGUGGUAAAAUCGAUAACGAUUUCGAUCAACGUCUGUUGACCUCGUUCUUGAAGAAACUCUUUACCGCAAGAUCGUUUGAGGCUGACUUUGCUUUAGUCGCAAAUGUGGACGGAGCCAGUGGAGGACAACGUCAUAUUACCAUGCCGGAUGGCACCAGGAGAGAUCAUUUCCUUAAAUGGAUUGAGAAUCUAACAGACAGACAAACACCUUCAUGGCUGGGUCUACCCAACAAUGCUGAAAAAGUGUUGCUCACCACUCGUGGUACUGACUUGGUCAGCAAAUUGCUUAAAAUGCAGCAGUUAGAAGAUGAUGAAGAGUUGGCCUACACCGUAGAGGAAACCAAUGAACAAGCCGCAGCUGCCGCCGCUCAACGUCAAGAAGAUGGCAGACCUUCCUGGAUGAAGGUAUUGCAUAAUUCCGCUACCGCUUGGUUGGAAUUGUUGCCCAAGAAUUUGCACACCCUUAAGAGAACCGUGGAGAACAUUAAAGAUCCUUUGUAUCGUUACUUUGAGCGUGAAGUUACCAUGGGCGCUAAAUUGUUGCAAACUGUUAUUUCCGAUUUGCAAGAUGUCGUGCUCAUUUGCCAAGGCGAAAAGAAACAAACCAAUCACCAUCGUUCCAUGCUGUCUGAGCUGGUGCGUGGCAUAAUUCCCAAGGGCUGGAAACGCUAUACUGUGCCAGCUGGUUGCACAGUCAUUCAAUGGAUUACCGACUUCAGUAAUCGUAUCAAACAAUUGCAAAAGGUCUCUCAAUUAGUAUCACAAGCAGGCGCAAAGGAAUUGCAAGGUUUCCAUGUUUGGCUCGGUGGUCUAUUGAAUCCAGAAGCUUAUAUUACCGCCACUAGGCAAUGUGUAGCUCAAGCUAAUAGCUGGUCUUUGGAGGAGUUGGCUUUGGAAGUUACCAUCACCGAGACGGGUGCCAAUGCCGAGUCGAAGGAUAGCAGCUUUGGUGUAACUGGCUUGAAAUUACAGGGAGCUCAAUGUAAAAAUAAUGAAUUGUUAUUGGCUUCCACAAUUAUGAUGGAUCUACCAGUUACCGUCCUGAAAUGGGUCAAAUUAACAACUGAGCAUCGUGUUAGCAAAUUGACUUUGCCUGUGUAUUUGAAUUCUACUCGCACAGAACUAUUGUUUACUGUUGAUUUGGCUGUAGCGGCUGGACAAGAUCCUCACAGCUUCUAUGAACGUGGUGUAGCUGUAUUAACCUCAACAUCAUUAAAUUAAAUAUAAUAUUAUUUAAUAAAAAUAUUUUAACAUUAAAAAAUAUGCUUAAAAUUUAAAACUAAUUCCCUUUUAAAACCUAUUCCAAAUUGUUUAAUCUAAUUAACUAUUCCAAUGUUUAACAUUAUACAAAUUUUAAAUUAAUUUCUUAAAAACUUUAUUUCAAUAAAACUUAAUUUUCUUUUCAAAACCCUAAAACAAA